AUGAAUAAUUUUCAACAUCAACCCGAUAUUCGUUCAGUUGUUUCUCUCAUCACCAACAUUGGUCAUGGUCUAUCUUUACCUAUGCCUCUCCUUAUCCAUGUCACACUUCUCUUCCUUUACCUUCUUCUUGAGAACUAUUUAAGUCAAAUACUCAACUCACAAGAAAGCUCUAACAUUAAUCAAAUGGAUCUCGACUCUGAUCAGAAUGGUUCUAAUGGCGAACAUGAAGGUUCCCAUUUCGCUCACAACUCUGAAUUCGAUCAGAAUGGUUCUAACGGCGAACAUGAAGGUUCCCAUUUCGUUCACAACUCUGAAUUCGAUCAGAAUGGUUCUAACGGCGAACAUGAAG